AUGGAAGAAGUUAAUGUUGUGCCUGAAUGUUCAGAAGAACUAAAACCUGUUGUUGGUCAGUGUUUCCAAUCACUUGAUUUUGCAAUCGCUUUUUACGAUGUGUAUGCUCGAGCAGUUGGUUUUGAGACGCGCAAACAAGGAGUCAAAAAAGUAGAAGGUGUUACUAUUUGGCAGUAUAUUGUAUGUACUCGUCAAGGUAAGAAGAGGACAGAGGAGGAGGAUAUGGUGAACGCCAGACAUGGUUUCACGUUGAAAAGAAGACGUUUAUCCAACCGGUGUGCCUGCCAAGCGAAGAUAUCAUUUCGUUAUUUCUCCGAAGGCGGACGUCCCGGAUAUAAGAUUCAUGAGUUUGUAGAGGCACAUAACCAUACAAUGGUGGAGAUGCAACAUAAGCCAUUCAUGUCUAUAAAUCGAAAUCUGACUGAAGUGCAUGAGAAAUUCAUUCUAGACUGUUCAAGGGCUAAUAUCGACCCCACUUUGACUUUUAAAUUUCUGAAAGAGGUAUUGGGAGGCUACCAGAUGGUGGGGUGCACCGUUGGGGAUAUACGUAAUGCAUCUCGAGACAUUAAAGCGUAUGCUCAAGGUUAUGAUGUUCAGAUGGUAUUGGACGAGAUGCGUAGGAAGAAGGAACUGUCUGAUGCAUUUACAUAUCACUAUGAAGUUAAUAGUGAGAAUCAGUUGGUAGCCUUAUUUUGGUGUGAUGGUGUCUCGAAAAGGAAUUACCACAUGUUUGGUGACAUUGUUGCUUUCGACUCAACUUAUAACACCAACAGGUACUGUAUGAUAUUUUGUCCAUUUACUGGUAAGGACAAUCACGGGAGACCUGUUACAUUCGCUGCUGGUCUAGUUUCGAAUGAGAAGACAGGUGCAUUUGCUUGGUUGUUUAAACAUUUUAUUGAGUGCAUGGGUGUUGCUCCCAAAAUGAUGGUCACGGACCAAGAUUUGGGAAUGCGGUCGGCUAUUGAGGAAAUUCUAGUUGGCACUAGACAUCGGUGGUGCAUGUGGCAUAUAAUGCACAAGCUUGCGAUCAAAGCUCCAAAGAAGCUCCUCAUAGAUGAAAAUUUCAAGAAGGAUUUCCAUGCUUGUGUUUGGUCCGAAUUACACGAACCGGAGGAGUUUGAAGAAAUGUGGGAUGCUAUUAUUGUAGAAUAUGGUCUAGAAAAUGUGGAUUGGUUCAGAACCAUGUAUCGGCAUAGGAAGUAUUGGAUACCUGCUUAUUUUUGUGAUUUUCCGCUGGGAUCGACGAUUCGGACCACAUCUGUGUCUGAGUCUGAAAACAGUUUUUACAAAAUCUUUCUGAAGCCUCGGCUAAAUCUUGCUGAAUUCUAUUUGAGUUUCAAUAAUGCCUUGGAAUCUCAACGUAAUUCUAAUGCAAAGUUGGACUAUGCAGAUUCAACUCUUGUGCCAAUUUUGGCCACUGACCAGCCUUUCGAAAAGCAUGCAUCCACAUUAUUUACCGACUCUAUGUUCAGAACAGUGCAGGAAGAAAUUGUGGAGGGUUGCAUCAGAUGUAGGAUUGUUGGUAUGUCAUCCGAAGGGAUGAUUGAUUGCUAUAAAGUAGGUGACAGCCACCGAAACACAUUUGUGGCGACACAUGACAAGACGGACCAGUCGUACGUGUGCGAAUGCAAGUUGUUUGGCAGACAAGGGUUUCUGUGCUGCCACAUAUUUUACUUAUUCAAGAACAACGAAGUAAAGGUCAUUCCUGAUAAGUACUCUGAAAGCAGGUGGAUGAAGACGCCUUUGGUAAAGGCUGUACAUGGAUACACGGCUGAUGUGUUUCAAAACAAUGAUGCCCAAGAUGAGAAGUUGAUUUUAUCAAAUGAAUUGACGUCUAUUUUCUUCAGUUGCCUUGCUAGUUACCAGUCAAAUAUGGAUACAUUACGCGCUUUUGCAGGUGGCAUGAGAGAUCUGAAGACUAGUAUAGAUGGUAAUUCUCCUCCUAUAUCUGCAGUUGAAAAAAGAAGGAUGGUUGAAGAGUUUUAUGGAAUGGUCAGACCAGAAGUUGUUGAAGUUCACCCUCCUGACGUUGUCCAAACAAAAGGGUGUUGUAGUACGAAAGGCAAGCGCAUAAUUUCAAAGAGGGAGAAGGCUAUAAAGGAGCACAAUAGACCUUUGAGGAGAUGUAUGAAUUGCUUAGAGAUGGGCCAUCACGAUUCCCGGAAUUGCCCUGAAAAUGCGAAUGGUAAAGGCAAGGAGAAAUGCUGA